CUUGGUAUACUUUAAUGGUUAACCUUUGGUCACACUAAACUGAUUUGCAAUAACAAAAUAAGCUAAUGUAAUAAUUUAUUAUUACAAAAUAACUUUUAAAGCUUAAUUGUGCCUAAACAGUUAUAAACAAGGGGUGUGCGCAAUGCAAAACACGCUUAGAUGCAGCCUGGGCAUGGUCCGGUCAUCCCUGACGCAUCUGCAGACAAAAUCCACACUUUCAGCCUGCAAGGGACAGCUCGCGGGUGCCAGACGGUCCUUCGCCUUACUGCCACAGGAGCAAGAGUCCAGAGAAAGCCCCAACAGACUGCCCCGCCUUAUGGACUUUCCUGAAAUUGUGUGGCCCUCGGCGCUGAAUACCCUCAAGAACUGGAUUACCAUUCAGUUUAUUAUUCGACCGUACUUUGACAGUGAGUUUCAGCUCAAGGACUUUAUAUACGGCGCCAAGCAAGCUCUGCAGGUCGUCUCCUCAAAAAUGAUGGGCGGUGACCUGGAUUCUCUGGAAAAGCUGGUAUCUGCCGAGGCGAUUGCCGAGCUGCGCCCUGUGAUCCAGAAGCUGUCAAUGACGCAGCGCCGGCAGCUGGAGAUCAAGGAGAGCGACAUCUACCUCAGUUUCCCCUACCAGGUGGGCAUUAUGUUCGACGAGGCCAAUGACAAACUGCAGAAGCGCUUUGUUGAGAUAACAAUGGUGUUCCAUGUGAUGCGUGGUUUGUCCGAGAUGAGAGAGCGGGGCGAGGAGGUACCCUGGAAUAUGGGGACCCUGCCUGAGUAUCAGGAUAAGGUAUUUAUCUGCAAUUAUCGAUUUGUGAAGGAAUUUACCGCUGGACAGCAUUCUGACUGGACAAUCAAUGUGGCCAAUCAGUUUAGGGCCAUCGACCUUAUCAACGAGAGCAAAUAACACCUGGUUACGGGUUUUCAUAUACCGCCACUGUUCGCCGCAUCCUAGACGAUAUUAAGCUUACACUUUGUUGGAAUAAAAGUUUAGUUUACCGAAUUUAGGUAUAAAAAACUAAAA